CUAUAUAUACCAAGGUAUUUGCUAUCUUCUUCCUUAGGAAAACACAAGUUCAUUUUAACAGUUCUAAGUGUUUUCUUCCUUACUAAUUAAUCUCUUACAACACAACUUUUCUCCUACAAAACUCUAACACAAGUAUCAAAUUCGAAAAAGAAGAAAACAAUGGAAGGAAAAGGAAACCAUAAUAGUAACACUUUCUUAGAGAAAAGUAAGCCAUACAUAGCUAUGAUUUGCUUGCAAUUUGGUUAUGCUGGGAUGAACAUUGUCACUAAGGUGUCUCUUAAUGGUGGGAUGAGCCACUAUGUCCUCGUCGUUUAUCGCCACGCCUUCGCCACUGCUGUCAUUGCUCCUUUUGCUCUCGUUCUUGAGAGGGGAAUUAGGCCAAAGAUGACAUUUCCCAUAUUCUUACAAAUUUUUGUGUUGGGUCUUCUUGGGCCUGUGAUCGAUCAAAACUUCUACUAUAUGGGAUUGAAAUAUACAUCUCCUACCUUCUCAUGUGCAAUGAGCAACAUGCUUCCAGCCAUGACAUUUGUUAUGGCCGUCAUAUGCAGGAUGGAGAAAGUGGACAUAAAAAAGUUAAGGUGCCAAGCGAAAGUGGUGGGUACUAUAGUAACAGUAGCAGGUGCUAUGUUGAUGACAUUGUACAAAGGUCGUGUCGUCAACAUGUUUUGGUCUGCUCAUAUCCACCCUGCCCACACCGCUUCCGCCGCUGCUGCCGCCGCCGCCGAUAAGGAUUGGGCUAAGGGUUCUAUUCUUCUCAUCUUAGCCACCCUUGCUUGGGCUGCCUUUUUCAUCCUUCAGGCAAUAACAAUGAGGAGAUAUUCAGCUCAGCUUUCACUCACAACACUAGUAUGCUUUUUGGGAACCUUACAAUCAAUUGCUGUUACCUUUGUUAUGGAGCACAAACCCUCUGCAUGGACUAUUGGUUGGGACAUGAAUCUUCUGGCUGCUGCUUAUUCUGUAAUUAACCACUUUUACCCUGCUUUUUACAUACAUAUCUAUCUAAGUAUAAAAAGAGGACCUGUUUUUGCCACUGCUUUCAGUCCCCUGAUGAUGAUUAUUGUGGCUAUCAUGGGUUCAUUCAUCCUUGCUGAAAAAAUCUAUGUUGGAGGUGUUAUUGGGGCUGUUGUGAUAGUGAUUGGAUUAUACUCAGUACUAUGGGGCAAGUACAAGGAGUACCAAGAGAUUGAAGCUGAUCAGGAAAUUCCUGAAGUAAUCAAAGGUCCUAAUAAUAAUAAUUUCUGUAAUAACGAAAGAUCGGGUACCAUCUCCGAAGACUUUGAAUUAAACGAUGUUGAAUCACAAAAAAACGUCGAAGCUAGUCGUGUUCCGAACGUGGUGAUUAGCUCCCCCAUGCCACAACCUCCCAUGUUAGCCAUGGAAGCUCCUAGGAAAGGAGGACAAGUAGCUUAGGGUACGUACAUAUAUAUAUGUAGUGUAGUAUAUAUGUAUGUACUUGCUAGUAGUACAUUAAGAUGUAUGAGAGGAAGAGGGCAAUUAUAUUAAAUUAGGCAUGGAAAGUAAAAUGGGCUUUUUUGUAAUUUGACCUCACUUUUCUUUCCAACCCAACCACCUCUUUCUAGAUCUUUUGGUGUGUUGAAAAAUUAACAUGAUUUCACUUUCUUCCCCCCUCCCCCUUUUGUUAUUUGUCACUUUAGUUUGAUAUUGUGGGAUCAAAACAUUUACAUGUAAUAAUGUAUUUUGAUUAAUUGGAAUUAGUAAAUGGAAAAUGAGGGAGCUUUCUGGAUAUAAAAGCGUGUGUAUAUCUUGCUGUUCUUUUAGUAUUUGCUCCUUUUUAAUGGUAUUUUAAUCAUUGCACUUCAUAAA